CUGCGAUGUUCAGCAUCUAAAGCAUCUCAAGCUUGGAAGGUGAACAAAUUCGUCAUGUGGACUCUCUUGGUUCUCUGCAGUGUGAUGGCCAUCGGUGGAGUGCGAGGUGCUGAUCGCUACCAAACAACUGUGGAGCCAACACAAACCACUUUUCCAGCUCAGCGCUCAUGUCGGUACAACUGUGGCUGGGACCUGGGAAGCUGCUCCUGCACAAGCUCUUGCCGAUACCAAGGAAACUGUUGCCAUGACUACUACAAUCAGUGCUCAGCUCCUACUGUGGGACCUACAGCUCGGCCCUCGUGCCGCUACAACUGCGGCGGGAACAUGGGAAGCUGCUCCUGCUCAAGCUCUUGUCAAUACUAUGGCAACUGUUGCCAUGACUACUACUCUGCCUGCGGGGGGUACACCACGAGCAGACCCGAGAUAACAACCUCAGUUCCGCACUCAUGUCGAAACAACUGUGAGAGGAACUUUGGAAGCUGCUCCUGCUCGAGCAAUUGCCGAUACCAAGGAAACUGCUGUUCUGACCACUCCUAUUACUGUCCGGCAGAUACCACACCCGGCGCUCGGCCCUCGUGCCGCUACAACUGCGGCCGAUACAUGGGAAGCUGCUCCUGCUCAAGCUCUUGUCAAUACCAGGGCAACUGUUGCUAUGACUUCUACUCCCAAUGCCAAGCCACAACGCCAGCCACAGUCAUCCCCUGCGGAGGCUCUCUGUCCGGCUCCGGUACCUUCUCCAGCCCCAACCACCCCGACCACUACAACGACAACGCCUACUGCGUCUGGCAGCUCAGGGCUGCGUACGACCAGAGAAUCUUCCUGUCGUUCACGUACCUGCAAUUGGAGAACUGCUGCGCCUGUGACUAUAUUGCAGUCUACGAUGGGCCGUCCGUUAGCUCACGGUACCUGGGGAAAGUGUGCAACGACAGUCUGAGUACCUUCUCCUCCACCUCCAACUACUUGACCGUGCUCUUCCGGACUGAUGGCUCUGUGGUUGGCCGAGGGUUCAUUGCUGACUUCGUAAGCUCUUUGCAGCCAAGCUCAGGUAAAGUGGACUGUUCCUCAGACAACAUGACCAUUGUAAUCCAGAGGGCUUACCUGAACUCUCUCGGCUACGAUGGCGAGAGUCUGUACCUCAACGACCCGUACUGCAGACCCCAGGUUUCCAGAUAUCAGGUGGUCUUCAACUUCCUCCUUAACGCUUGCGGCACCGUUCAAAAGUUUGAGAAUGGCAGAGUUGUGUACACCAACACCCUCCGGGCCUCCACCUCCAGCUACGGAGAAAUCACACGGCAGUCUCACUUUAAGCUGAGCGUGGGCUGUCGGAUGGACCAGGACUCGGUGGCCCAGAUAAUGUACAUUGUCCGUCACCAUGACAACAGCAGCAUCACAGGCACAGGCAGAUUCAACACCAGCAUGGAUUUCUUCACGUCCAGCAAUUUCUACUCCAAGGUGACUCAAGUCCCAUACGAGGUGGUUCUCAACCAGAACCUGUAUGUUCAGGUGGACCUGAGCAGCGGCGUCAGCUCCAUGGUCCUCUUUCUUGACACCUGUGUGACCUCGCCAUCGCCCAAUGAUUUCCAGAGCAGACCGUACUACCUGGUCCGCAACGGCUGCUCUGUGGACAAAACCUACCAGAGCUACGUCACCGGCACUCGUACCUACGCCCGCUUCACAUUCAAGGCGUUCCAGUUCCUGCGAGCCACGGAGUCGGUGUACAUCCAGUGCAAGGUCCUGCUAUGCCAAACCUACGACUACAACUCCCGGUGUCGCCGGGGCUGCAACAAACGAGCAGCCAGAGACCUGGGGUCAGAACACGACAGCCACACUCUGGUCCUGGGUCCAAUCCAACUCAAAGGCCCUGAAAAGAAGGAAGAGACGCAGCAGGAGAAUACGGCGUAACUUGAUUCUGCAAUCUGGCUUCAAAUCUUCAAUUAAUCGUUAUGUUUGUUGUGACAAUGAAUUAUACUCACCAUUUAUUUCCAAUUGAUCACAACACCUGAUUAAAAGCAUCAUCAAAAGACAA